UUUAUUAAUGUGCAACUUGUUAAUAAAAUCAAAAGUUCUUUGUUAUUUUAUAUAUAAUAUUUUUUUUAUCAUUUUUACCGUUACUACAAAUAAAAAUGGUAUCACUAGUUAGAAUGACAUUUUAAAAUAUAUCAACAUAUUUACAGUAAUGUAUGGGGAAUAUAAAGCUCAGAAUAUUUCUUAAAAAUAAGCCUAUAAAAAGAUUUUAACUUUUUAUUCUCUGUACCUAAUUUUUAUUCACGAUACAUUACAGGGUGAAUAUUCAAGAAAUAUUCUUACCUGUCAUAACCUUUAAAAGAAUAUUACAGAUUUGUAUACGAAAAUUAGUAUCCCUUACGGUUAUAGCAUAAUAUAUCUAAAAAAUAAUUAACAGUUAUCGAUUAUAAGAAAAAAAAUAUUCUUUAUGAUAUACUGUCCAACACUAAAUUCUAUACAGUUAUUUUUCAAACGUAAUACAGAUUCAUUUUCCACGAAAAUUGAAUAAGCGAAGCUACAAUGUCCAUGAGGAAAAUUUUCUCAUUGGUGUUUGUUAGGAAAGCAACAAAUAUUUUGUUAGGUUUAAAAAAGCGAGGAUUUGGAAAAGAUAAAUGGAACGGUUUUGGUGGUAAAGUGGAAUCUGGAGAAACAAUUCUACAAGGAGCUCUUCGUGAGUUAAAAGAAGAAUGUGGUUUAUCUGCAGAGGAUUUAAGAAAAAUUGGUAUUUUAGAAUUUGAGUUUGAAGGAAACAAUACAUUAUUGGAAGUUCAUGUCUUUGAGACAUAUCAAUAUUCUGGAGAAAUAACAGAAUCCGAAGAAAUGCGACCAAAAUGGUAUAAUAUAAAAGAUAUUCCAUUUAAACAAAUGUGGCCGGAUGAUGAAUAUUGGUUUCCUUAUAUGUUAAGAGAAGAAUUAUUUAAAGGAUAUUUUCUAUAUCGAGGUCAAGACCUAAUUCUUAAACAUAACAUUGAAACUGUGGAAGAACUACCAGUUAACCAUAUUCCUUGAUAAUGUUACACUCAUACUUCACAAAUACAUUUCACAUACUCACACAAGAAUGAUAUUAAAAAAUGUACUUUCACAUUUUUAUACUUACAUUAAAAUUUCAUUUCACACAAAUUUAAUCAUUUUUUCAUAAUAAAACUGGUUUACAAUUAUCAUUAUAUUCAGAUCAUUUGUUAAUUCUGCAUUAAAAGGACUUUUAAUAUUACUUGUACAAAUAUGUUACAGACUUCCUACAUUAAUUGUACUUGUAAUUUAAUUUUGUAUUAUGUAAAAGCACGUACAUUAAAAUAUCUUAAAUAUACAUAAUGUUUAAUGAUAUAUUUGAGAUCAUCAAAUAAAUGUUUCAAAUGCAUUGCAAGGUUAAUGAAUUCAUUUUCUAUUUUUUAUAUUAAAUGAAUUCAUCAUUUCUUGGCAAAUUUAAAUAUUUACAAAAAUAAUAGUAAAGUUACAAAACUAUCUUAUAUUGCAUCACACAAUAAUAAAAAUAUCCUGCUUAAACUACAUCUGGCUUAUAAAUAACAAUUUUGCAGAAAAUAUUUCAAUUAAGCACCAUAUAGCUUAGUCAGAUUGAAGAAUACAAAUUUUCAGCUUCAGUGCAAGAGAUCUUAUAUACAAAAGGUAGAAAGCUUAAAUUAUGGACUAAAUAUCAUGGACGUAUAGAACUGUGAAUUAGUUAUAUCACUGUUAUUUUUUGCACUUUUAUGUUUUUAACUAGAUACAAUUAUGCAGCUGACCAAUGUUCGGACCUCCAUAAUAGAGCAUACAUACUAUGCCUAAGAUCUUCUUCAUCUAACGAAUCAGUUGGGAAAUCUGUAUAUCUAGAAAUUAGACUUCUGUAACCUUGGCCAACUGUUGCUAAUACCAAUUUCUUUUCGUCUGCUGAUUUGAAUGAUAUUAUUUGGCAAACUUUACCCUCAAAAGGUCUGAAGACAGUAAUUGGUCUAAGAGAGUUACAUUCAGCUACAACUAUACAACCCCAAGUUGUACCAAUAUACAAUUGGUUUCUACAGGUUUCAAAUGUUGUUACUUGGCACUUUUCCGUUGAUAGAUUCUCCUCUAUAGAAAUGGACUUGAGACUUUCCGAACAAGGUACUAAUUUAGACAUAUCUAACUUAUUUAUUAUUUGCCUAGUAUCCACAUCCCAUUGAUAAACAAUACAUCCAGGAUACGUGUAUGAUAGAAUAGAAUUCUCAGCACUCAAUAAAUAUGUAGCAAAUAACUUUUUGAUGGCUGCAUCUUCAGUAACAUGAAAAAGCUGUAUUGUAUCUAUUAAACUGUUAUCUUUUAAUAUAUAGAUUGAUAUUCUACCAAAACUUUGUCCAACCCAUAAUUCCAGUAUACGUUUCUUUUUAUAAACAGCUGCCAAAGAAUAUGUCUUUAUAUUGUCUUGUGUGUCAGUGACAACUUCCAUUUUUUUCAUUUGAGUGAAAGAGUUUGUUAAUAAAAAUAUUCUUCCACUAUGCAAUGCAACCACGAACUGUUUCAUUUGUUCUAAAUAAAUUAAACCUACUACUUUAGAUUCUCUACUGUGAUCAGGUUCCAGAUUAUAGCUAGCAACACAGCCGAAAUUACUGCCUAAAUAAACAUGCACUUGACCUGCAUUAUCGCCAAUCCAAAUAUAUCCAUCUACUCCGCACAUUGCAUAUGGUAUUAUAGGAGUUUCAAUUCUAACAUGUUGUAACCAACCCUUUUGUGUACCCAAUAACAUAUCUACUUCGCCGUUAUUGUGUCCAAACCAAAUUUCAUCACCAUUCAUAUUUUCUUCUAUAGUUCUAUUUGUCAUGGUAAUAGCUGUUACUUGAGUUCUUUCUGUUAACAUUAUAACAUCUAUAAGAUGUGUAAAUUCAGGUGCAGAUGCAAUAGAAACUAUUUGACUAGCAGUUGGACGAUCUUUUGGAUUUUGAGCCCAACAUAUAACCAUUAAGUCAAGAGCAUAGCAAGGAUGAAAUGUUUCUCUAUACGUCAAUGGUGGUCUUCCACCUUCUAAAAUGCAUUCUUUAACUGCUUCGUGGCCUUCAAAUGGUUGUCUUAGAGUAAUCAAUUCAUAUAUAAACAUUCCAAAUGAAAAAGAAUCAACUUUUUCAGUAUACUCUUCUUCACCAUUAUACUUGAUAAUUUCAGGUGCCAUAAAUCCCUCAGUUCCACCAAAUCCUUUAGCACCAGUUGGUAAGGUUAAUCUGGAUAUACCGUAAUCAGCUACUUUAACAUGCACAGGAUGUUCAGGAUGGUCUUGAAAGGGUAGAGGCAUUUGCCAAACUAAAACAUUUUCUGAUUUUAAAUCUCUAUAAAUUACAUGUUGUUGAUGAAGAUAUUCUACAGCUUUUGCUACUUGAAGAAUUAUGGCCUGUAAUGUAUAUGGAUCUAAUUUAGCACCUGAACGUCUAUAGUUUUUUAGUACAUUAUCCAACGCACCUUCUGGUGCUAAAUCUAACACCAGUGCAAGAGGACUAACUACUAUACCAAUUAAUGGUACAAUAUUCAUGUGCCUGAGUGUUAAUAAAAUAUUUAAUUCCUGCCUAGCAGUACAGUAAGCUUUACAAGCAUAUUGUAAAGGAUCACGAUCCCAUUUACUUUGUGCAGCUUUAUAAGCUAAUACAGCAGAUUGUUUCGAAUUUGGUCCUGGUGGAACUGGUUGUAACAUUUUGAUGGCAACAUCAGUCUUCUGAUAAGUUCCAGUGUUUCAGUCCCAAAUCCAUAAAAAUAAUAUCUGGAGCUACGUGUGAUAAUGGUAUGUCAGAGUGUUUAGGGCAACUAAUUGGUUUAUUGCUAUAAGCAGAUAGAAUACAUUCUUCUACCAUCCAAGAAUAUGCUAAUAUACCUUCAAAUUGGACAUUUUGUUUAGCCACAUCUGGGUGACCUUCUAAAGAUGGCAUUCUGCUUGAUGUUAAGCUAUCAUAGCCUACUCCACUAUCACCAUCAGAUUUGUAACUAUCUUGACUUUGUCUUUCUUUAUUUACGUAAUACCGUUGAAUAUCUUCUGCUAACCGAUCAUUAUCGGUGAUGUCAUUUUCAUUUUCUCCAUUAUUUAAUAAGCAUCGAGGACAAGGUAUUAAACGGGUAACUAAUAAUUUACCCUCAGAUGUAUGAACGAAACGUGUACCUAAUGUAGGAUACCAAUCUUCUAAUAAAAUAUCAAUAUGGUCGACUAUUAGAGCUAGUAGUUGUGGCAUACUUUCCGGACGAGGUUCAACUACAAUUGCCUGAUAUCCCAUCGGUUCAUCAUCAGCUUCAUCAGUAUCAGACAUUAUCGGCUGCUUAAUUACUAAUGUAUCAAUUGGAAACCAAAUUUCUAAAAUAGCUGAAUUUUUUAAAUCUACUGUGCACCAUAUACCAUCUUGUUUUAAUUUAAAUUUAAAUUGUCUAUAAUCGUAUGGUACAUUUUUUAAAUUGUAAUUGACUUCUUUGAGACGUAGUAAAGUAAUAUUAGCGUAUCUUAAUUCUAUUCCUGUUUGCCAAAGUACCCAUUCUGCUGGCCUGUCUAAUAAACUUAUAAAAAUAUUAUCAUCAACAAAAUCUUUAAAUGGUGCCAAAAAUGACAUUACAAUUUCAACAAUAGCAUCAUCAGCUAAUAUUCUAGUUAUGAGUCUUGACCAAAAACCACUUGGAAAGUAAGACAUCAGAAGAAGUCGCGUGACGGAGCAAUCGGGUUGUGACCUAGAUGUUAGUACACAUUCAGCGUUUGGUUUAUCUCCAGAGGAAUGUUGAAAUACUGUCAUAGGAGACGUCAUUUUCUUAGAACGUACGUGCCAACCACGUGUUUUCACUGGUAUUUUAAUUACUUGAUUAUUUCGUAAAAGAUCUUCUUCAGUUGGCAGUAAAGAAGGAAUUAAUAAAGUGCGAUAGUCCCAAGUUAAUGCAACUUCAAACUUAUUUAACAGAUUAACAAUAUAUCCUUGUGUGUCUAUGGAUGAUAUUGUUGAAGAUUUAAAAACGUGCUGUAUAUCAUCUAAUUUCAUUACGCCAGAUCUAGCAAAUGGAUUAAUUUCGCGUAUAGUAACUACAUGCGCUAGCAUAUCGCAAAGCCAUUGAGGAUCAAGAAAGUAUAAAUCUUUCAAGGUAGCAUCAUCGUAGUGCAAAAUAAUCCCAUUUUCAUGGAGAAAAAGCGUUGCUUGAUGUAGUUCUGCGGGAUCUCUGAAUGAUCGAUGCAGUUUUUGUAAUUCAUUAUUUACUGCUGUAUAGUAUUGAUCAGCCUUUAAAACUGGAUCUGCGCCUGAUAAUUUUCUAUCGUAUGCAAGUUGUAUCACAACAUCUUCCAAGGCGAGGUAGCUGGAAGGAACUUUUUGCUCAAGUAAUAACUCUUUGCUGCCAGGUGAUCUUAAACUGAAAACAACAUCAUAAAUCAAAUUACACAACAUUUUUAUGUUGUGUCUUGUUUUACAGCUCACUUCUAUAGUUUCCAUAACCUUAGGUAAACCACAUUUUUCAGCAUCAACAACAUUUAUAAAUUUAUCACGAAUAUAUUGUUGUAAUGCUUCACUGUGUUCAUUUGAUAUGUCAUAAUGAGUGCCAACAAUAAUUACUGGUGUAUUAGGUGCUCUGCUUUGAAUAUUUACCAACCACUGAAAUAUUUCUGAAACACCCUUAAAACCAUCUGUGAUUCUCCAUACAACCAAGUACAAGCUACGCUUAGACAGAAAAUACUGAUGUGUUGCAUAAUAUUCUCUUUGCCCACCAAAAUCCCAGGUCCUGAAGUAAACAGGUCCAUGGGAUGACUGACCUCUCAUUUUUUUCUCAUAAAUCCAAUCUCCAAUGUCAACACCAACAGUAGAUAUUGUUGUUCCUCUUGCAGUCUUUGCAUUGAUAUUUUUAUUACCCAUUCUUUUUGCCCAGUGUUCAGAAGACUUUUUUUUAUUUGGAACUUCACCUUCCUGUCUCAGUUGUUCUAACAAACUUGUUUUUCCAAUACCUUGUAUUCCCACAAUCAUUAACUUCAUACGAGCAUAUGGUUUAGCAUCUUCUAAAAUUGAUUUCAAGUAACCAAUAACAUCCAUUGUUUUGUAUUUUUUGGAUUCAAUCAUUGUUUUUAAAGGGUCUUGUAAUUUACAACCUUGAGUAUUUAAAUUCCAUAAACGAGACAGUAAUCCCAUUUGUGGUGGUAAUUCAACAAUAUCUGGAUUACCACUUAUAUUUAAAACAGAGAGAUUGUUAAGCUCAUAAAUAUUCUGUGGUAUUUCUUUUAACUUAUUAUUACUAACAUCUAACAUACUAACAUUAGGGAACAGUAGAUACAAUUUUGAACCGGAAUAAGUCAUUUUCAUAUCUUUGUCUACAAUCUCUUCCUCUAGAGCUGGCAUUUCUCCAUCAUCGAUUGAAGUUAAUUGAAUUCUAUUUAACAAAUUGUUAGCAAGAAUUAAUGUUCUCAAAUUUUCCAAUCUCAAGUGACGCCUAUGUGUACAAACUGACAUUAAAACUACAUCGCGUAAAGAUGUUGUUUGUCGAUUAGUACCUGGCACUACUGGAGAUUGUACAUUUGUAGUAGGACAGUAACAUGCAGUAUUUGCUUGUUCCAUUGCAUCAGCACUAUCUACUUGUGGUAAGCUAGGCCAUCGAGAAAUUUGAUUAUUAGAUAAGUCUAAUUGUUUUAAACUCGCAGGAUAAGACGUUAUGUGACUCAUAGAUCUUAGAGAAUUGUAAGCCAUGUUCAAUCUUACCAAAUUAACAGCUAAGCAUGGUAAUGCUACCGGGACGCUAUUAAACAAAUUGUGCGCUAAAUUUAAAGAUGACAAUACCGAUCUUGCUCCAUUUUCGUUGUCGUCUGAAAUUUUUUCUGAAACUUGAACCGACCGAGUCCAAACGUGUGGACGAUUCAUUUCGAUAAUUUGUGCAUUUGCUAUUUUCGUGAAAGAUUCAAAUUCCAAUGAAUCUUCGCGUGAUAUACCAAAUUGAGAUGCUAAGCUGCGAUUACUUGGACUAUGAUUUAAAACAUCUUCACGUUGUGAUUUUCGUAAAAUAUUUUGUGAUAUUUGACUGGGCAAAUCUUUUAAUAAAUUAAAUGAUGCAUUCAAUUCUUUUAAUUUUGGUGCCCGCCAUAAAUUUUCUGGAAGACAUUGAAGUUUAUUAUUUGAAACAUCCAUAAUUUCUAAAACAGGUAAAUUCAUUAUAAAUUCAGGUAACUGUUCUAAUCGAUUGUCCUGAAGAUAAAGUUCUUCUAAAGCAGGACAUAAUUUGUCCUUCUGACUUUUUGGGUCAGCAGUUAGAGUAUCUAUUUUGUUUUGAGCCAUAUUGAGGUAUCGGAGACUUUGCAAAUAAAAUAUUAUAGAUGGUACAGAAGUAAUAGAAUUAUGAGAAAUGUCUAUUCUUGUGAUAGCAUACAAGACCAAGUCGUUAUUUUUAGCACUUAGUUUCUUGUUCACGUGCAGCACUGCAUCAAUUAACCAUUGAGACCUUAUUUGUGAGAGAUGACAUUGUUGAUUAUGCCAAUUUAUCAUUGUCGGUGUAUUUGGAAAUAACGUCGAAUAUGUAACGUUUCCAAAAGAAGAUAACGCUGAAAAGUGAGAAGUUUGAGUACAUUCAGUCAUGGCUUUUUUGUUAAUUUUAUAUUCAGAGUCUGGGUAAGCUUUUAUAGAUAAAAGCUUUGCUGUCAGCGGUUCAUCUCGAUUUUGUGCAGCGAUUUUGAUCGCUUUGCACGUAUUAUCCACAGCACCAUGUUUCAAUAAAAGGUCUGCAAUUCUUAUGUCACGCUGUUGACAAGCUAUAAUCAGUGCACUUGAGAAAUUACUUUCUGGAUCAUUUUGAUCACAAGGAACUUUUAAGGGUAAAUUAGGGUCGGCACCUGCUAAUAAUAAAGCAGUAACAACGUCUGUGUGUUUACUUUUCACGGCAGUGUGUAAAGCCGUUUCACUACCAUUGUUGCAGUACAAAUCCAAAUUUAAUGGACACAUCAUAUUGUCGUCUUUUUUAUCAAAUGCUUUACUUCUAAAAUUUAAACUAGACAUUAAUCUUUGAAUUCCACUUGAAAUUUUUCUUUUCGAUGUAGGAAGUGGCUGAGUAACUCCCAUAUCUUCUUCUUUAAUUUUUCUUGCUUUUACUUUAUAGUUUAAUAAUAAUUCUAUGAUCUUAAUAUUUCCAAGCAUGCUAGAUAUGUAGAGAACAUUCUGUCCUGUAACAUCUUGAGUAUUAAUAUCAAAUGGCAUUUCAUAUUCAAAUUCUCCAGAAGAAUCUUUGUAGCAUUGAUACAUAUUGUGUGGAUAUUCAAAUUUUAAUAGCAAAUCAAUGACUGUGUAAUGACCAUUUAUAGCUGCUGCAUGAAUUGGUAACCAUUUUUCCACUGUUAAAGAUUGUACCUGUUUAGGAAAGUGUCGCAGAAGCAAUUCUACAAUUUCUACCUUGCCAUUAUAACAGGCUAUAUAAAGUGGACAAUACUUGGUGACAGAAUGUGUUCUGCAAUCUGCACCAUGAUCUAGAAGCAAACGUACUAUAUCUUUGUGACCCAUUUCACAGGCUAUAAAGAGCAACGUAUUUGCACCAUUUGGUGCCAUGUUAAUGAUGUAUUCAAUGUCAGAAGUGAGUCCCUGAAUAAUAUUCCUAGCUGCUAUAGUAUCUCCUUGAAUACAAGUCGCGCGCAAAGAAGCAUGUGUUGCUAACUUUGCUAAUUCAUAUUUCUCUGCUGCUGAAUUAAGUAAAUUUUUGCAGGCGUCCUGUUUAUUUUUUUCAACUAUAUCUAUUGGUUUAUCACCAUUAUUGUCUGUAAUCAUUAAAUCUGCAUCGAAUUCUAAAAGCUUUUUUAUAUUCGAACUAUGACCAUGUUCUGCACAUAUGUGUAACGGUGUUCGGUAAUGGCCCCUUGGACCACACGGUAUAUUUGGAUUAGCACCAGCAGACAGUAAUACAUCCAAACAUCUUGAAUUUUCUGUAAUAGCUGCGGUAUGUAAUGGUGUUCUACCCCAUGAAUCUUGGCUGUUUAUAUAUUGUGCAUGUUCUCCUCGUAGAAGAUCUUCUAAUAAUUCUGCAUUGUCCCAUAAAGCAGCUUGAUGUAACAAUCGACCAGGAAAAUCUUCAUCGAUUGGAGUAUAAUCCUCCAUAGUGAGAACUAAAAAAGUUGAAAAUAUAGUUUUGUUUAUAAACUAGCCAGUUACAUAUAAUAGUAACUAUCAAAAUGUCAUAUUCUUUCAUAAUAAUAAUGUUACAUUGUUUAUUUAUUUAAGUAAAUUUUAGAAAGAAACAUAAUUAUAAAUAACUUCUAAAAAGAUUUUCUAGUUAGACAAUUCAAUUUUUUAUUUCUUGCACAAUAGUACCAUAUUUUGGUUUUGUUUAUUAUAACAAAAAUGUCCAUGCUUUUUUACCGUAAGAAUGUUAAUGAAUGUUUAUGCUUACCAGUUGUAUCUAUAAAUUAUUAUGACUUCCAAUUACACAUUCACAUAGUUUGUAUAUUCUUCUCUUAUGAUGUUUUGCAUAUCUUUUUAUUUGAAUUUGAUUAAAAUUGAACACUUGAUGUUCAUUGCAAAUUAUAUUAUGAAUAUUAUAAUUAUUCAUGAAUUUAAGUAUGUCCACUGUAUCUAAAGUGGAAGUUAGAUAUUUAAAAUUGUUUAUAAACAUUUGAGAAAUGUUAAUUACUUGUAUAUUUAUUUAAAAAGUAUCUCAUAUUUCAAAUUUAGUGUCUAAAUUAUUUAAAAAUUAUAAAUAUUUUAAUAAUAAUAAAAGUACUAUCACUUCUUUCAUUAGUAUACUAUGUAAUACCAUAUUUCAUUUUCUAAAUUAAAUAUGUAUUCAUAUAUGUAUGAAAUUGGUGUAUAUGUCAAAACGUAUAUAAAUUGAAGUAUAGAUAAAUAAUUAUCAUAAAAAUCAUGAUUUUGUUUGUAACUCACACUUAUCAUGAAACUUUUUAUAUAUCUUUUAACUGUUUUUCGUAUAUUAACAGAAGAGUAUCACGAUAGUCACAAUAAUUUUUAAGAUGAAAUGUAAGAACAGUACUAAACACAACACUUGGUGAUCGCCAUUUUGUCAGAUCUUUUUAUCGACUGUACACACCUUUAGAUACAAUUCUAUGCAUCAGUAACAUUGGAUCGAUUAAAAUAAACAGUGUUACGAGAGACAACUCGUCGGUGGUAUUACUCUCUGUAUUAUGUAAUACCAUUGAUGACUUUUCCAUUUAUUAAUUGAUUUUAUUAUAUGCAAUGUACAUCCACUAUAGUGAAUCAGUUUUGUUACUUACAAUAAGAAUAUAUUUAAUGUUCACUGCAAAACUUCAAUGUUUUGGAUCGUUUGUGUACAAUCUCCUCUUUCUCGCUUAUCUGACGAUCGAUGGAAAUUAAUGGAGUGUAGAUCUAUAUAGUACGGUGUGGACCAACCAACGAAAAGACGAAAUUUGGAGGAUUUAUAGGGCAGGAGGAGAAUUUUCAACUGUGGGCACUUAUCAGCUUUUGAGAUAUUAAUAAAAAACUUUUGGUAAUACUGUAGAAAGCUGACCGUAAAACCGAUUUUCCUAAAGUUGAUAAAUGUUAUACAAUUCGAUAUUUUUAACAACUUUUUUCUCUGAUAAAAAGCCUGCUCCGUUUCAAUUUCUGAGAUAAUCGCGGAAAGCUUAAAUUAAACCAACUAUUGUAAUAAUACUUAAAAUGUACUAUUGCACAUUUAAUGGAACUUUUAUUUUUAUAUUUGAAUGAACAUUAAGAAAUUUGUACAACUGUAUGUAAAUAUCACAUUGCUACAUAAUUUCAUUUAAUAUACACACCAACAUGUAAUAAAAAAUGUUUUAGUUUAAUAUGACGACCUGAAAUAACUCGUUAUUCAGUACAGAAAUAACUGUUUCAAACAAAAGUUGUAUGGUUUCUAAGGCAACAUACUGUUCUAUGUGACAGUACUGUAGUACUACAGUAAUGUAGUACAGUUUUUUUUUAAAUAGAAUAUCUAAUCUAUAUCUUUUUUAAUUCGAAUAGAGCCUGAAAUUCUGGGUAAAAAUUACUAGACAAGAUACAAUAUAAAAUUAACAUUUACUGAGAUAUUGUCGAAAUACGUUUUAAUUUAAUCAAUGUUCACUGUUGUCCAUUGGUAUCAAUAUAUUUGUUUAAUCAAAUGAUGAAUGAACAAUGUAUUUUUUCAAGUAUUGCUGCGGUUAUUGUGACGCAUGCACUAGUAUUCGAUUAGAAAAGUGAAAUGUCUUUGACUCGGUACACAUUCAUUUAUGAAGUAUGGUUUAACACUAGAACUACCGAG